AUGGAACGACCCGUAGAGAUCGACGUCGACGACCACUCGCAGCGGCUCACGCUCGACAUCGUCACCUCGCUCGCGUUCAACAAGGACUUCAAGCAGGUAGAGGGGAUCGACGCGCAGCUGAACGGCGGCGCCGGGCCGGACGACAGCGAGAUCAGCGCGAUGCUCGACGCGUACAACAACACGAGCGAGAUCAUGGGCCAGCUGUUCAUCACGCCGGUGCCGCUUCUGAAGCUGCAAAACGUUCUCGGCAUCGGCCGCGUCAGGGAGCUCAAGGAAGGGUACGCGGUCCUCGAGAAAGGGAUCGAUAACAUCAUCAACGAGCGCAGGACGCAGCUGGAGAUUAAUUCGCGCGUUGGGGACGACGAGGACUACUGCCUCUUGGACGUCUUGCUGCGCGCGAAGGACUCGGAGGGGAAUCCUCUGCCGCAGGAGGACAUUUGGGGCGACGUCAACGACAUCAUGGCCGCGGGGCAUCGAACGACGGCGUCGAACCUCACGGUGAACCUCCACCACGUCGCGCGGAUGCCAGAGGUUCAAGCCGCGAUCGAGCGCGAGGUGGCGACGCUGCGCGGCCGCGCGCCGACGUUCAAGGACGUGCAGGAAGGUCGGCUGCAGUACACGCAACGAGUCGUGAAGGAAUCGCUUCGAAAGUACGCGCCGAUUAACCUCUUCCCGCGGAUCGUCGAGAGCGACGACGUGCUCCCGAGCGGGCACGCCGUCGAAGCGGGCGACUUCAUCCUCUUGUCGUCGUGGGCGAUGGGCCGGAACCCGAGGGUGUGGGCGCGCCCGAACGCGUUCGACCCGGAGCGAUUCACGGAGGAAAAUUUACGCGUCAACGCCGAGCGACUGGCGCGCGAAUCCGCGGGCCCCGACGCGGACGAGGAGACGCUCAGGAUACAGAUGGAGCGCAUGUCGCGGCGCAUCGCGGGCGGGAGGGACUUCACGUACACGCCGUUCGGGAGCGGGCCGCGGAGCUGCAUCGGCGGGACGUUCGCGCUGCUGGCGACGACGGUGUCGCUGGCGUCCGUCGUGCAGCGGUUUUCGUUUGAAAAGUCGAGCGACCCGAGGAAGGACCACGGGUUCGAGAUUCCGUUCGUGUACGACACGACGAUCACGUUCCCGAAGGGCGUGCACGUGUGCGCGGUGCCGAGGAAGGUGAGGUUGGGCGCGGACGCGGAGGGAGGGGUGGGGGUGGGGGUGGAGGAGGGGUCGGCGAGCGAGGCGGCGGCGCGCGAUUUCGCGCGGCAGGCGCCGGCGCCCGCGAGAUGACAGACGAGCGACGCGACCGCCGUCGUCGCGCGGUAGAUCCAAUUCUUUUUUAGCACACGAAGAUAUCUAACACCAAGAAACCCCAAAAACA